GACAUAAAGCUGCGUCAGUGUUAAUGUGACUUGAAACCCUUCUUUGGUGCGGAACGCCGCUCAAACUAACACAGUACACUCUCAUAGUUCACUCCAUCACUCACCCAAUCAGUGUUGUGCAACAAUGGCUCAGUUGAAAGCUUCUUCUCCUUCCUCUUCAAUCCCUGUAACUGCUCCUUCACUACACACAACAGGGAGCCUCCUGUAUCAUCAGCUUUGGAAGGCAAAGACUUUGUCAUUCAAAGAGUUGGGGUUAAGAACAAGUGUUGGUGCCAAGAAACUUCAAGUCAUUAAAGCAGCUGCUCGCAGUGAUACAGAGAUAGUUUCUGAAACCGUGAAGGGUGGUGGCCUACGUGGAAAAUUGAAUAAGGUGGUGCUGGCCUACAGUGGUGGCUUAGACACAUCAGUCAUUGUUCCAUGGCUCAGGGAGAAUUAUGGUUGUGAAGUUGUUUGCUUCACUGCUGAUGUUGGCCAGGGUAUAAAAGAAUUGGAUGGUUUAGAACAGAAAGCCAAAGCCAGUGGGGCCUGUCAAUUAGUGGUUAAAGACUUGAAAGAGGAAUUUGUUAAAGAUUAUAUAUUUCCUUGCCUACGUGCUGGUGCAGUUUAUGAGAGGAAGUAUUUGCUUGGUACCUCGAUGGCUCGCCCUGUAAUUGCGAAGGCCAUGGUUGAUGUUGCCAAAGAAGUUGGAGCUGAUGCCGUUUCCCAUGGGUGUACAGGAAAAGGAAAUGAUCAGGUUCGAUUUGAGCUCACUUUCUUUGCUCUGAACCCCAAGUUAAAUGUCGUGGCUCCAUGGAGGGAGUGGGAUAUUACAGGGAGAGAAGAUGCUAUUGAGUAUGCUAAAAAGCAUAAUAUACCUGUUCCUGUGACAAAGAAAUCCAUAUAUAGCAGGGAUAGGAAUCUCUGGCACCUUAGCCACGAGGGAGAUAUUUUGGAAGACCCAGCUAAUGAACCCAAGAAGGACAUGUACAUGAUGUCUGUAGACCCUGAAGAUGCUCCUGAUCAAGCAGAAUAUGUUGAGAUUGGUAUAGAAGCAGGGCUUCCUGUUUCAGUCAAUGGGAAGAGGCUUUCACCAGCAUCAUUACUUGCUGAGCUCAAUGAGAUUGGUGGAAGGCAUGGAAUUGGCCGGAUUGACAUGGUUGAGAAUCGGCUUGUGGGUAUGAAGAGCCGUGGAGUUUAUGAAACUCCUGGAGGUACCAUUCUGUUUGCAGCUGCGCGAGAGUUGGAGUUUUUGACACUUGAUCGAGAAACAAUCCAAGUUAAAGAUUCAUUAGCCCUUAAAUAUGCAGAGUUAGUGUAUGCUGGCAGAUGGUUUGAUCCUCUUAGGGAGUCCAUGGAUGCCUUUAUGCAGAAGAUCACAGAGACCACAACAGGUUCUGUGACUUUGAAAUUGUACAAAGGUUCUGUUACUGCAACCAGUCGUACAAGUCCCUUUAGCCUCUAUAGGCAAGACAUCUCAUCGUUUGAAAGUGGCCAGAUAUAUGAUCAAGCUGAUGCUGCUGGCUUCAUCCGGCUUUAUGGUCUUCCAAUGAGGGUUCGAGCAAUGCUUGAGCAGGGCAUCUAAGUGUUAAUUUAAUUUCAAAAUGUUCUUGAUCUUCUUGUUUAAAAAUGUGGAUUGAAGUUAGAGAGUACUGGGGAUGUCAGGUCUCUAGAUUUCUAAUAAAAUGAUAGUAUUUAACUUUCA